AUGAUUGCAUAUAGGUUUUCCGAUGCAUGCCAAGUCCACGUGGUGAUCCAGCAGCCUUCUCUCCAGGGCCGCCAGAGGUCGGAUUACGAGCGGGAGUUCCAGCAUGCUGCCAUUCUCUCUCUGGACCAAAUCAAGGCCAUCCGCUCCAACAACGAGUACACAGAGGGGCCCUCGGUGGUGCGGAGGCCCCCUGCUCCUCGCUUGGUCCCGCGGCCUAAGGACAAGGAGGAGAGGACUCAUGAGGUCAUCCUCAUCAACAAUAACUAUGAGCACCGGCACCCUGGAGGCCUGGUGCUGACGUCGGGGCCCCGGGCCCCUGGUCUGAGCCGCUCCACCAGCACAGGCAGCGCUGCCAGCUCGGGGAGCACCGGCAGUGCAUCCUCAGAGCAGGGACUUUUGGCCUGUUCUCCCCCUUGUCGGCCCCCCAAGAGCCUAUCCCACAGAGUGGAGCUGCCCGUCCGGACUCAGCCCAAACCUAAGGCCCUUUUACAGGCCCCCAAAUUCCAGCCUCCUCUGGAGGCCCCUCUGAAGCCUCCAGCGAAGGGAAAGUCAGACUUGUUAGUGGCUGUGUCAGCGGGACACCAGUUCAUCUGCGAGUGCUGUGGGAAGUGCAAGUGCAGCGAGUGCACGGCUCCUCGGACUCUGCCCUCGUGUCUGGCCUGUAACGGCCAGUGUCUGUGCUCCGCGGAGAGCGCUCUGGAGCACGGCACCUGCAUGUGUCUCGUCAAGGGCCUGUUCUACCACUGCUCCAACGACGACGAGGGGGACUCCUGUGCAGACCACCCCUGCUCUCUGUCCCACUCCCACUGCUGCUCGCGCUUCCUGUGCAUGGGAUUAAUGUCGGUACUGUUUCCCUGUUUGUUAUGCUAUCCUCCGGUGAAGGGCUGCCUGAAAGCCUGCCAGGGCUGCUACGACCGGCUGAGGCGGCCGGGCUGUCGCUGCAAGAACUCCAACACUGUCUACUGCAAACUGGACAGCUGGCACCACAGCCAGGGGAAGCCCUCCUGA